AUGGAGCCUCACCUUAUCCUCCUCUUCAUAACAUCCACUCUCUUCCCAUUUCUCACUUUAUCUCAACCCACCGGAAAGAUAACCCUCGGAGCCUCUAUCUGCGCAAACGACACCUCUCCACCAUGGCUUUCGCCUUCGAAAGAGUUCGCCUUCGGCUUCCAACCCCUUUCGAAAAACAACAACAGUUCUUAUUAUGUGCUCUCGAUAUGGUUCGAUAAAAUCCCUCCAAAAACCAUAGUCUGCACCGUGAUUCUCCGCUCGACCCUCCCGGCCGCGGAUUACUAUUUCCGGGCCACCAUCGAUUUCGACGGCGUCUUUUCCCUCUACCACUAUCCGAAAAAGUUCGACAGAAAUUCGAAGUGGGAAAUUUCCUCCGGCGGUACCUUGCCGGAAAACGUGUGCCUCGCCAUUACAGGAGACAAGGGCAGUGGGGCCUGCGGGUACAACAACGUGUGUAGCCUCAAGGACGGGAGGCCCGUGUGCCGAUGCCCCGACGGGUUCGUGCUGGUCGACCCAGAAAACGAGUACGGGGACUGCAGGGCAAACUUCAGCGGGGACUGCCUAGGCCGGGCCGGGCCAGGCCGGUAUCGGCUGGUAACGGUUCGGGAUGUGGACUGGCCGUUGAACGACUACCAGCAGAUAAACCCGAGCACGCAAGAAGAGUGUCGUGACGGUUGUCUGAAUGAUUAUCUGUGUGGGGCCGCCAUUUUCAGAAGCAACAGCUGCUGGAGAAAGAGGCUGCCUUUGUCUAAUGGGAGGGUUGAUACAAGUUUGGGCGCUUCGGCCUUUCUCAAGGUCAGGAGGUAA